CAAUUUGGGGUUGAUAUUAGAUGGUUUCUAAAAAACUGUUCCGCAGGUAUGGAAAUUUUCCAACAAUUUUCUGGGUGGAAUAUAAAGAUUGAAUGGAUAUUACAGGCCUGCCUCCAAUGCUGGUUUAUUUGCUGAUUAAUGAAACCUCUACCUCUACCUCCACAUCCACAUAACUUGAUUACUGGUUAAUUUUUAUUGAAAAAAUCUCUUAGGUGGGUCGGCAAACCACUCUAUAUGAAAAUGGGGGUCGCAGUAUUUAAAAGGUUGACUGUUGAGGACCACUGGGCUAGACGAUCAGCAAUAAAAACUGAACCGCGAGCUAGUCAAUCCUCUGCUCAUGAUAGUACCUAAUGAGAAUGGGUUUCGAAUUUCUGAAGAUAGCCUUCACUUUCGGAUUCGUUCUCACUGUGCCAGUCGCGUCUUUUCUGGCCGAUAGAGACCAGUCGUUAAUUGUUAGCAACACUUUGACGCCUGCUGCAAAGGAAUCUGAAAAGGAGAAACCAUUUGAAAAUGCACCAAGCGUUCCCCAAAUUUAUCAACUGCACGUGAAGUCAAUGAUUCGCAAUCGUUUUACGCAUACAACUGUGACAAGUCGGGUGCGAAAUUUUGCCGAGAAAGCACAAGAAGCGGUAUUUUCCAUUGUGUUACCCAAAUCUGGUUUCAUUUCUGGAUUUAUAAUGGAGAUAGGUGGAAAAAAUUAUACUGGUUACGUUAAAGAGAAGGAAGAAGCCAAACGUGACUACGACCAGGCAGUAACUAUAGGAUUAGGAGCAGCUCACGUUGCCGCAAGCGCUCGGGACUCAAACCGUUUCACCGUCUCUGUAAAUAUUGAAGCAGAAGCAAAAGCUGCCUUCUAUUUGACAUACGAAGAACUUCUCAAGCGACAAGACGGCCAUUACGAGCAAGUUAUUAAUAUCCAUCCCGGGCAACCUGUCAAAGACCUAAGUGUUGAGGUUUUAAUUUCCGAAAGUAGAAAAAUUGUUAGCUUAAGGGCUCUACCUUUCCGUUCUGGAAAUGAAAUCGGCACAUAUGAACCUGCAUUGGAUCCUCGAGCUGAUAUUAUCGUCUUCAAUGAUACCACUGCUAUUGUCGCGUUUAGUCCAAACUUAGAGCGGCAAAAGCAACUGGCUCACUUUUUAGGUACCAAAGAGGAGAAUGGCAUUGCCGGACAGUGCGUGGUGCAGUAUGAUGUUGAAAGGGAUCCGAGCGGAGGAGAGGUGUUGGUCCAAGACGGUUACUUCGUACACUUCUUUGCGCCCACAGACCUAAAACCAUUGCCUAAGCAAGUCGUAUUUGUACUAGAUACGAGCGGUAGCAUGUGGGGGGAGAAGAUAGAACAACUCAAGCAAGCUAUGUUGAACAUUUUGGACCAGUUAAACGAACAUGACACAUUAAACCUGGUGGAAUUUAACAGCAAUACAAAAGUCUGGAACAUACACGACCAAGGGCAGAGCGUCUGGUACCCACAUAAGAACACUUUCUACUAUUACAAUCAAGGUUCCGACAAUCAGCAGCCUGUGGUAACCUUAGAAAACGCCACAUUUCCACGCGCCUACCCCGCAAAUGCCGACAACAUCAAAAAGGCUAAAGGUGCAAUUACAGCUCUCAAAUCUGAAGGCUCGACCGCGAUGUUUGGUGCGUUACAGGUAGCUUUACGCCUGGUAGAACUGGAACGUACCCAACCAUCCGAAAGGGAGCCAAUCAAACGUCAACCCAUAGUCAUAUUUCUAACGGACGGGCAACCUACAGACUUAACAACCGAUGAAAUUAUUACGAAAAUUACAGAAUUCAAUUCUGAAGCUAAGAAAUCAGCCAUUUUCGCUUUAUCGUUUGGCGAUGGUGCCGACAAAGAAUUCUUAAAAAAGUUGGCAAUUCGAAAUUCGGGAUUUUCCAGACACAUCUAUGAAGCGGCCGACGCCUCCCUUCAGCUUCAAAAUUUCUAUCGGCAAAUUUCAUCGCCUUUACUCUCCAAUGUCACUUUCAAGUACGAAUCUACAACCACCAACCUCACCGAGACGAACUUUCCCAUCCAUUUUGGUGGUUCUGAAAUUGUGGUAGCUGGUUUUUGCGGUACAGGAAUGCCCUUCUCAACCGUUGAAAGCAUUGGAAUAGAUGGGCCCAUUUCGCUUAAACCCGUCGUCACCACCACCGUCUCCAACAUGGAGCGGUUGUGGGCUUACAUGUCUAUCAACCAAUUGCUGAAAAAGAAGGACGCUUCCGAUGCCGAUAGGGAAGCACUGAAAAAGCGGGCAUUAGACCUUGCGUUGAAAUACAACUUUGUGACGCCAGUGAGUUCGUUAGUUGUUGUAAAACCUAAUUGUACUUCCGCUGUGGAUACAGAAGAAGCAAAGGGAGGAGCAGGUUUGACAUUUUCAGGCCUGCCUGCAGGAAGCGGUGAUCUUUUUCUUCAUUCUCAAGUCUUCCAACUGUUAUUGUGCCUACUGCUACUUUAUAUGCACUAGAGGCAUAGUGAGAUAAUGUUGCAAAAUUCGUUGCAACAUAUUCAAAAAACCGUUCUCUUUACGAACAUUAAAAUCAACAUUUUAUGAUUAAUGGUUAAAUGGGAUUUAGUUUAAAUUUUUUUCAGGUCUGUUGUCAUCCGGCGUCUAAACUCAACGUCUAUUUAUUACUGAUUGCCUUUUAUAUUUUUUUAAAUUACAAUUACUUAAUUCUA